AUGUCUUCCAGUGGUUUCGCCAUGCAGAACAUCAAGCCUUACGAUGUCACGGCUUGGACUCAUGACAUUGAAAUGCAGAUGCUCCAGGGAGAGAUUCUCAUGCUCAAGAAGAAUCUCACCGAGGCUAACAUCAAGCAAAUCGAGGAGAAGGAGGAGAGUAUCGCGGAGAAGAAGACUGCCUUGGAGAAGCAUUGCCGUCAGUUCAGCAUGACACAUGGCAACUACGGCACUGAGAAAAGUGAGGUCAAGCUUGAGGCUACCAACGGCGAGAACGAUCCUGCUUCGGCUGAUGUCAAGAUGGAUGAGAACACCAUGCCCAUCGAUGCCGCCGCCGACGCUGCUGCCAGCGCCGCCCUCGACGAGAUCAAGUUCCCUGAGUCGACCGAGUCGACCGCUAUUGACAUGCCUAACAACAUCAAUGUUCAUCAGGAGACCAGCAUGGCUUUCUCUCACGAAGCACCUGCCGGAGUCGACAUGAAUGACCCCUUCAUCACUCCUGCUGGACACGGCGCAUCCACCAAUCUGUUCCAUCCUUCUACCGGAACCUACAACAACGAUCCCUUCGCUGCCUACAAUGGUGGCUACGCGCCAGCCUACACCGACAACGAUCCCUUCAUCAACCAGAACUUUGGUCACACUGGCUCCACUGCUCAGUCUGCCACUGGUAUUGACGACUUCCUGAACGAAAAGGGUGAUGAACCCAACUACACUACUUCGGCCGGUCUUGGUGAUGCUGGUAUGGGCUUCGGUGAAGAUGAGAUGGACAUGGACACUAUGGCUACUCAUGCUCCCAUGCCUGACUUCGAGGAGCCUGUCAUUCCUGGCAUGGAGAAGUACGAUAACGUCUAA